CCUGUGGAGCCCGCGCCGCCGCCGCCGCCGCCGCUGCCAUGCUGUCCGUCCGCCGCCCGCUCGCCACCCUCCCGGACCCGCAGCAGCUGCAGCUGCAGUCGCCCCUGAAGGGGCUCAGCCUGGCGGACAAGGAGAACACGCCCCCGGCUCUCAGUGGCACCCGCGUGCUGGCCAGCAAGACCGCCCGGAGGAUCUUCGAGGAGCCGGCCGAGCCGAAACCUCAGGUCCCUGCCCUCGGCGUGCAGGAUGAACCGCUGCUGAGAGAAAACCCGCGCCGCUUUGUCAUCUUCCCCAUCGAGUACCAUGAUAUUUGGCAGAUGUAUAAGAAAGCCGAAGCUUCCUUCUGGACAGCCGAGGAGGUGGAUCUCUCCAAGGACCUCCAGCACUGGGAAACCCUGAAGCCCGAGGAGAGGUACUUCAUCUCGCACGUUCUGGCCUUCUUCGCGGCCAGUGACGGCAUCGUGAAUGAGAACUUGGUGGAGCGCUUUAGCCAAGAAGUUCAGAUCACAGAAGCCCGCUGUUUCUACGGCUUCCAAAUUGCCAUGGAAAACAUACAUUCUGAAAUGUACAGUCUCCUCAUUGACACUUACAUUAAAGAUUCCAAGGAAAGGGAGUUUCUCUUCAACGCCAUCGAGACGAUGCCUUGUGUCAAGAAGAAGGCAGACUGGGCCUUGCGUUGGAUCGGGGACCAAGAGGCCACCUAUGGAGAACGCGUUGUAGCCUUUGCUGCAGUAGAAGGGAUCUUCUUUUCCGGCUCUUUCGCAUCGAUAUUCUGGCUCAAGAAACGGGGACUGAUGCCGGGCCUCACGUUUUCCAAUGAACUUAUUAGCAGGGAUGAGGGUUUGCACUGUGACUUUGCCUGCCUGAUGUUCAAACACCUGCUACACAAACCUUCGGAGCAGAGAGUGAAGGAAAUAAUUACCAACGCUGUGAGGAUAGAACAGGAGUUCCUCACCGAGGCCUUGCCAGUGAAUCUCAUCGGGAUGAAUUGCACGUUAAUGAAGCAGUACAUUGAAUUCGUGGCCGACAGACUCAUGCUGGAGCUGGGUUUUAGCAAGGUUUUCCGAGUAGAGAAUCCGUUUGACUUCAUGGAGAAUAUUUCGCUGGAAGGGAAGACGAACUUCUUUGAGAAGAGAGUAGGCGAGUAUCAGAGGAUGGGAGUGAUGUCAAGUCCGACAGAGAACUCCUUUACCCUGGAUGCUGACUUCUAAGCGGACUGAAGGUGCUGGGGAGACAGGAAGCGCAAGGCAGCUGAGCCAGGCCCUCCUGGAUUGCGAAACGAAACCGGCUAACCGACCUACGACCUGC